AUGGACACAAUUUCAAGGAAGCAUGUGAUGCCUUUGAAGCUUGAGGUCAAAAUCUUCUAUGUUUGGGGAAUAGACUUCAUAGGGUCAUUUAAAUCAUCAAAUGGCCAUAGGUACAUAUUGGUUGCAGUUGAUUAUGUGUCAAAGUGGGUGGAAGUUGUAGCUUUGCCUAUGAAUGAUGCUAAGGUGGUGGUGAAUUUUGUGAAGAAAAAUAUUUUCACGAGAUUUGGUACUCCGUGUGCUUUGAUUAGGGAUGGAGGUACUCACUUUUAUAACAAAUUAUUGGGAAAUCUCUUAGCUAAGUACAAGAUGAAACACAAGGUCACAACUGCCUAUCAUCCGCAAACCAGUGAUCAAGUUGAGGUUUCAAAUAGGGAGGAUUAUGAGCAUAGGAAGCGAGGCCAUAAGAUGUGUAAUAGCGAGCUAGAUGGUUAG